UGGCGGCUGGCAGCGUUGUGUCCCCCGGCUAUCUGUCACUUCGGCUCCAGUUGCAAAAGUGUCAAACCGCCAGUAUGGCCACAGCGCAGUCCAUGCUACUCCUGGCAGUGCAUUUUCUGCUGGUUUCAGAAUUUAUUUUGGCCAAAAGGGACUACUAUGACAUACUGGGGGUGCCCAGAGAUGCCACUGAACGCCAGAUCAAGAAAGCCUUUCAUAAGCUGGCGUUGAAAUACCAUCCGGACAGGAACAAAGGCUCAGACGCAGAAGCAAAGUUCAGAGAAAUAGCAGAAGCUUAUGAGACGUUGUCAGACAACAAGAGGAGGCAAGAGUAUGACCAGUUUGGCCCAUCAGGGCAGGAGUUCAGAGGAGGAGCUGGUGGAGGCAACAGUGACUAUAACUUUAAACAGCACUUCCAGUCGUUUAACUUUAACUUUGAUGAUCUGUUCAAAGACUCAGACCCAUUUGGUCACCAACAUUUUCACCACAACUUGCACUCCAACUCACAAGCUCACCAAAGGCGACAUUUUAACAGCCACUUUCAGGCGCACCAGGAGGCCAUGAAGAGGCAGCAGAGGUCAUUCGGAGGAGGACUGUUUGACGAUGUGUUCGAGGACUUGGAGAAGAUGUUCUCCUUUAGCUCACAUGACACUAGGACUGAGAGCCGCUUCCAGGGCUCAGGCAAACAGCACUGCCGGACAGUAACACAGCGGAGGGGCAACAUGGUGACCACCUUCACUGACUGCUCCUGAGUUUACAAAAACCCAGACAACAGUGCCCUCUGGAGGGCACUCAGGAUAUUGUUGGGUUCAGUUGUGGUUAGGAAAUUUUUAAAUGCUAAUUUAUCACGUGGUAAAUUUGAGAGCAAAGUAUUUUGAAUGUGGUUUGUGAUUUGUUAUUGCCUUCAAGAACAAAAUUUGCUUUAAUAGGCUCAACUAAAGCAAUAACCUGUCACAUAUUCUAAAACUCAGCAAUAAUUAAUUGAGUUCAAAACAUACCUCAUUGUUAUUUGCCUAACGUUUCAUGUUUACUUGAAAUUAUACCUGUUUCAGUAAUGGCCCAAGCUUAAGUGAUCACAUUUGGUGAGUUGAGGCAAUUUGGAUUUCUUUUAAUUCAUAUAGUUUAGUUACUCCCCUUAAACUGUAAAUACUACAAUGUCCAUUUUUAAAGCACUUACAUGUGUAAUUUUGCUGUGAAAAUGGCUUGACCAUUAUUGUUACCUCAUCAGUUAGGGGACUACCAUCAAUAAUAUGUAACCUAGACAUAUAUUUUUUUUGUAAAUCUAGACGGAUGGAGAAAUAAUGAUUAACUUUCAUUCAGUGCAAUAUUAAGCACCUUUGCUCUUCAUGUUGCCUAUUUUUAUGAUGAUGUUGGUCUGUAACGUCAUUGUAGGAGCUGCACUUUUUUCGUAUUUGUGAGUGUGAGAGUGUUGUGAAUGUGGACAUAAAUAUUAAUAAAAGAAUAUACUAUCAUUGU